AUGCGACUGAAAUUUUUUAAGACGCUCUUAGAUGCGCAGGAAUCAGAUACCCCAGUAGCCGAUAUAUGUUGGUCACCAAAUAAUGUAAAAUUAGCUGUUGCCACAUUUGAACGGGUUGUUCUUUUAUUUGACCGCGAUGGGAUGCGACGAGAUAAGUUUAGCACCAAGCCAGCUGAUGCAGCAGCAGGAAAAAAAUCAUAUGUUAUCACUGGUUUAGCAUUCAGCGACAAUUCGGAAUUGCUAGGUGUAGCUCAAAGCGAUAACAUGGUAUUUGUAUACCGAAUUGGUGCUGAUUGGAGCGGCAAAAAAGUGAUCUGUAAUAAAUUUCCUCUCACCGGGUCGCCUUUGCGUUUACUUUCGGCUGAUACUGGAUUCUUUACAGGAACUAGUGAUGGCAAGAUAAGAUCUUUGGAUUGUAAAACAAAUAAGAGCUCAAGUUUGUGGUCCGCGGGAUCAUGUUGCGUGUCUCUGGCACGCGGUUCUGAGGCGAUGUUGGCAUCUGGGCACAUCGAUGGAACUCUUUAUCUAAAUGGCAGAUUAAUAUUGCGCUACACUCUACCGCCGACAGCCAUGGUCUUGGUGUCUUCCUAUGAAGCGUCUCAGUAUGAGUCGAUGCUGCGGUUGGUGGCGGCUCAUCGACCAGCGCUGCUGCAGGCUACGAGGAAGAAGGCGGCCAGCGACCUCCGGGCCGCGGGGGAGCUGCGCGCCGCUGAGACCUACUACAUCCAAGCCGGUGAGAACCACUAG